GCUAUGCAUGAUAUUUUGUACCACAGGAAUCAGAUAGAGAAGUAUGAUCAUCUGGAGUUCCCUGGAGUUGUACCUCGCACAUUUGUCGGCAAGUUUUCUACUUCAGCUAAGCUUAUCGAGAGAUUGUAGUACUUAUUUUUACCAUGUGAGAUGAUUCAGCAGGGAUGCCCAAUUUGAAAUAGUUUAUCAAUAUGGAAAAAAAUUGUUCAUCUUGAAUUGAGAAAUUACUGCAAAAGAUUUUUAGCUUGUUGCUCACCACCAAUAUCAAAAUUUUCUAAUCAGAAAAGUAAGUAACACUUAUGCAGCCUGUUCAAGUCUUCCUAUCAGUCACACUUGUGCAAAUAUUGUGGGUGUGUUUUUCUUUUGAUGUCACACACUUGUGCAGAGAUUGUGCGUGUGUUUUCCUUUUGCUGUCACACACUUGUGGAGAUAUUGUGUGUGUUUGUUUUGACCUGGCAGAUCCCACCCCAAAACCCCCUCUCCCCAGGGGUCAACAGUGUGUUUUCCUACUAUUCUCUUCUUUGGUGACUCGAACUCUCAACCAUUUGGUUGCAAAUGGAAUGCUCUUGCUACUGAAGCAACCUCUCUAAUCAUUUAUGGAGAGUGUUCACAUCCUCCUACAUAAACGGCAAUCCUAGGACACUGCUUCUUCUGGAAGAGUGCUGCAUCAAGAAGUUGUCUAUAUCCGUUCAAUGCCUAUUUUGCGGAGGAAAUAGUGAUGUAUAAUUGAAUUAAGAGAGGGUUCCUCUAGUUUCUCAGCCUGUCCACCUCCAACAAUGAGACUGAAUGUUUUAGUCACCAAAAGGAAAAAUCCACUGUUGACCUGUCUGCAGAAGGGUUUUUGGGUGGAAUUGUGGAGACAAGAAACUGAUAUAAAAGGGUUACUCUUCUGGGAGAAGGCAAAAAGUUGGAGUGGAUCUCUCUGCUCACUAAUUAAAGACAUGCCAAUAAUCAUGGAAAACAGCUGCACUGACCCUGACCUUCUUGUGUGUGGGCUAGGGGCUCUUCUUGUAUCUAUUUUGGCAUCUCCAGUUGUUCUCCUAACGAAUUUGCUACACUUGCCAAAACUGUAUAGUCUCUAUGCAGUACGACUGGUAUUGGGUGGUAUCGUGCUGUCUACAUUACGAUUUUUUCGCAUUCAGAUCAAGAAGAAGUUUGGAUCUCAAGUUGAAGCAUUCUUUGUUAUCCUGACAGUAUCUCAGUUUCAUUUGCUGUUCUAUUGCACCCGUCCUCUUCCAAAUAUAUUGGCAUUUGCUUUAGUAAAUUUGGCAUAUGGCUUUUGGUUUAAGGGAAGUCUGUAUGCUGCGUUAAAUUGCAUGGUGUUUGCAACAUUAGUCUUCAGAUGCGACAUACUUCUGCUCAUUGCUCCUUUGGGUUUGGAGCUCUUGCUGACUAAAUCAGUUUCUUUCUGGAAAGCACUGACAUCCUGCUUAGCUGCUGCUUUCCUCUCCAUAGGCCUUACUGUUCUUGUCGAUUCAGUCAUUUGGAAAAGAUUGUUGUGGCCUGAAUUAGAAGUUUUCUGGUUCAACUCUGUUUUGAACAAGAGUUCUGAAUGGGGUACACAUCCUUUCCACUGGUACUUCACGUCAGCGCUUCCCCGUUCACUGCUUGCUGCAUACCCGCUUUUUUUGCUUGGGGUUUUACUGGACAGAAGGGUUUUCUUCUACAUCCUUCCAGUUCUCUCUUUUGUUCUACUGUACUCAAAGCUUCCGCACAAGGAGCUCCGCUUCAUAAUUAGUUCCAUUCCCGUCUUCAACUUUGCAGCAGCUGUUGCAGCUAGCAGACUGUAUAAUAACAGGAAAAAGAGUUUCUGGAAGUUUCUGUACAUUGCUAUGUUGGGAUUUAUACUUGGCAGUCUAGCCUGCACGGCAGUUUUUUUCAUGGCAUCGUACAAAAACUAUCCUAGUGGUUAUGCUCUAAAAGCUCUGCAUAGGAUACGUGGUGUGACAAAGAAUUCAGAUGAACUCAGGGUUCAUAUUGACACUUUUUCAGCGAUGAAUGGAAUAUCCAGAUUUUGUGAAUAUAAUUAUCCAUGGAGGUACUCUAAAGAAGAAAAUAUUUCUCUGGAAGACUUGAAGAUGAGAAAUUUCACAUUUCUUCUGAAUGAGAAUUCUUACAUCGAAGGAUUCAAAUGUCUGAUGAGUGUGGAUGGUUUUUCUCGGGUUCACGUAAGAACUGGUUUUCCUCCAAUAUCACUUGCAAAGGAACCAAAGGUGUUUAUUCAUGGAAACAUAAGAAACACAGAUAUCAUGAAUAGAGGCUGGCCAGGAUGCUCGGUUAUUCCUGAAGCAUACAUUACUAUGGAGGAAAAUUGUAACGAGGCAUAAUUUCUAGUCUUAUCACCGACCCCCUUUCGCGAAAACUGAAGGGGAAAAAUGUUAGGCUCAGACAUCAGCCGUGCUCGUGAUGUAGUGAAGCUGGAAAAUUUAGCUGGUUGCUGACAUUACAUCCUCUUUGCAGAAAGAUGUGUGUUUCUUCUUCUAGGUGGUCAGAACAAAAAAGUUGACAUGUUCAAAGCUUCAAUAUUUCUAUUUUGAGUAAAACUCGUCUUUAUUAUGAAUGCUGUGGAAAUUUUUGAUGGUUUCUGCUAUUUGUCA